GAAUCAGGGCGAGAGAGGCAAUGUGGCUUGAACCACUGCCGCCCCAGUUCUUCCCCGUGCUCAACAAAGAGGUGGGAGGAGACCCGACAAUGACGGAGAGGAGCAGCCCCUAACGCGGACUAACGUGACGCCGGGCCGGCCCUAGUGCUAGACCACGCCUCCAGGCAACAUCGCUGUGAGGCGAUUGGCUCGUUCCAGCGGCGCAGUGCACCCCGGGCUGCGCGAUGAUUGGAGGAGCGGCGAUGACAGACGGCCUAGUCGGCCACUCAGCGGCGAGGUCCGCCGUUUCCGGGUCGAGGCUCUUGUGUUCUCCGCGCGUCUAGGGCUCUCCCCGGAACCAAUAUGGCUGCGCCCAGCGAGCCGGGGCGCUGCUGGUGAGGGCAGGAGGCGAGGCUCCUCCACGUCCUUGCCCUGCACCCGCCUCGGCGAUGGCGCUCCGGGCGCGGCUCUGGGAGUUGCUGCCACUUUGCAGGAGCCCCGGGCGCGGGGGCGCAGCGCUGGCCUCCAGCGCCAGGCCGGCGGCGAAGCCUGCAGUGGACCCUCAGGAGAACGAAGCCGUGGCCCCCGCGUUCACCAACCGGAACCCCCGGAAUCUGGAGCUCUUAGCCGUGGCUCGGAAAGAGCGGGGCUGGGGGACCGUGUGGCCGUCCCGCGAGUUCUGGCACAGGCUGCGUGUGGUGAGAACUCAGCAUCAUGUAGAAGCGCUGGUUGAGCAUCGCAGUGGCCAGGUGGUGGUGUCGGCCUCCACCCGAGAGUGGGCGAUCAAGAAGCACCUGUAUAGCACUAGGAACGUGGUGGCUUGUGAGAGCGUGGGCCGCGUGCUGGCGGGGCGCUGCCUAGAGGCAGGCAUCAACUUCAUGGUCUACCAGCCCACGCCGUGGGAGAGAGCGUCACACUCGUUGAAACGACUCCAGGAUGCCAUGACGGAAGGCGGCGUGGUGCUGAAGGAGCCCCGGAGGAUCUAUGAGUGACCCUACAGCAGGCCUGGGCACGAGUCAGUAGCACACAGCUGUAGCACCCCUCGGGCGAACAUCUGUAGCAAGAGUCUAACCGUGGAAUGUUAUUUGUAAUUAAGAUUGUUUUUAAUGUGUCUUUUUAAUGAUUCAGUUCUUCCCUCGUGCACAUGAUAAAAUUAUCCGAGGAAAAACUGUUGAAGUUUUAACUUCUGAAGCGCAAAUAGAAUGUUCAAAAUAAGAAUAAACGCUUAUUAUGAACUCUA